GAAUGGAGAAUCUUAACCCUCUCACUCAUCUUACCUUCAUCUUACCGCCCCCUGGUGCCGUUCUCGUAAUCCUGAUCAACACCAUGCCUGGAUUGGAAGUCUACCGCCGAGACCAUAGUAUACCACACCUAGGUCCGUACUUGUUGUACUAUGGUAAGAUUGGGCCUUUCGCCGAGGCAUAAGUCCAACCCCAGAUCCCUAAGCCGAGUACGUGAUUCCCCGCAAGCAUGUCCAUCGACCAGCAAUAGCCGAGGCUGACUUUUGUUGAUACACUCUGCCUGUGCCUGUCCCUCUGCCUCUGCCACUGCCACUUGAACACGUCUUGUCAACACCUGUCAGGUCCGAAUAUUGCAGGUCGAUAAAUACUAGUAAAGUGAUUGUACUACACGAUGCCAGCCUCCGCGUCCGAGAACAUCCCACCGAUCGCCCAACCAUUUGUGUCGGACCGGGCGAAGAAGCUUUUGGAUGUGGUAUGUACGGCCGUGUAUAAUAAGGGCGUGGUGGGACUGAUGUGGAGGUGUGUACUGUAAUGGGAUGGUUGACUGAUGUGAUUUCGUGUAACAGGUCGAGAAAUUCGUCGACGAAGAAUGUAUCCCCGCGGACACGGUGUACACGUCGCAGAUCGGGGUCGGCGACGCGCGAUGGCAGGGCCAUCCUAGCAUCAUGGACGAUUUGAAGCGGAAGGCUCGCGGGCUGGGCCUGUGGAACAUGUUCUUGCCCAAGAACCAUUUCAAGGAUGGGCCGCAGUUUACGAACGUCGAGUACGGCUUGAUGGCCGAGCAGUUGGGGAAGAGUAUUACUGCUAGCGAGGCCUGCAACUGCGCCGCCCCCGACACGGGCAACAUGGAAGUCAUUGCACGCUACGGCACGCCGGCCCAAAAGGACCGCUGGCUCAGGCCUCUUCUCGCCGGUGAGAUUCGCUCGGGCUUCCUGAUGACGGAGCCCGACAUCGCGUCUUCCGACGGCUCCAACAUCCAACUCCGCAUGGACCGGCGGGGCGACGAGUACAUCCUGAACGGGAGCAAAUGGUGGUCCUCGGGCUCCGGCGACGACCGCUGCAAAAUCUUCAUUGUCAUGGGCAAGACCGACCCAUCCCACCCGGACAAGUACAAGCAACAAAGCAUGUUGCUCGUGCCUGCCGACACGCCGGGAAUUACCGUGCACCGCAUGCUCAGCGUGUACGGGUACGACGACGCGCCGCACGGUCACGGACACAUCACGUUCAAGGACGUGCGAGUGCGCGCGGACGAAGCCAUUAUCCUGGGCGAGGGCAGAGGUAACGAAAUCAUGCAAGGACGUUUGGGCCCGGGAAGGAUCCACCACGCCAUGCGUGCCAUCGGAGCCAGCGAAAAGGCUUUGGAGUGGCUGAUCAACCGGUUGAAUGACGAGCGGAAAAUCCCCUUUGGCAAACCCCUGUCCGAACAAGGCGUUUUGCUCGAAUGGGUGGCCAAGGCCCGGAUCGAAAUCGACGCGUGCAGAAUGAUUGUGCUCAACGCGGCGAUUAAGAUCGAUCAGAAAGACGCAAAGUAUGCGCUCAAGGAGAUCGCCCAGGCUAAAGUUAAAGUGCCCAAUGUCGCGCUCGAGGUCAUCGAUCGCGCCGUGCAGGCGUACGGGGCCAUGGGCGUGUGUCAGGACACGCCGCUCGCGUAUAUGUGGGCGCAUCUGCGGACGCUCCGAAUCGCAGAUGGGCCGGAUGAAGCGCAUCUUCAACAACUCGGCAAGCGAGAGAAUCGGUCGAGAAAGGAUGAGAUCAAGGCGAAACUGGCCAGGCAGCAGGCCAAGACGGAGCAGUUGUUCAGCGAGAUGGGAUUGCAGAAGCAGGAACUGGGAGCGGCCAAGUUCAGGGCCAAGAGUAGAUUGUAGGCAUGACACUGAUGACACGUACGGUUGGCUAUACUAGUCCAUCUAUGUUGCAUCUGUGUUGAGCUGGAAUAGAGGUUCUAGUCACUCGGACUUGUUCAUUCCCUCCCUUGUCGAUCUCCGCGCUGGUGGUGAUGGUGGUUUUGUCUGGUCUGGUCCAAUCCGGUCCAAUCUGGUCUGGUCAAGACCGAAAGUCAAUCCGUGAGGGGAGUACGGAGUAUUUUGAAUGUGAUUCCCUACAACGAAGACCAGCACUAUGUCGAGCGAGAAGAGAGGGGAGAGGAGGAGAGGAGGGCAUGCCCUGAGCAAGACAAAAGAGUACGCAGUAGGUCGAAGUCAUCAUACGGAGUACAACCGGGAAAAAUUUC